AUGCCAUCCCCAACAACACCAUCGACGUCUCCAACCUCAACCUACGCCCCCCGCCAAACAACCUUCCACCUCAACCCCCACCACAUCGACGAGAAAAUCCUCACGCACGACCACCACAUCCUCCCGCACUACGACGCCCCCAACCCCAGCACGCGCGAACGCUUCAAAAUCACCCACCGCGACCUCUCGAACCUCUCCCUCCUCGCCCACGUCACCCGCGUGCAGUACGGCUACUUCCACGACGACCCGGCCUGUCUGCUCGGAUUGAAAUUCCAAUUCCAAAGCGGAGGGGGAGGGAGCCACCAUGCCUGGAGGUUCGAGCGCGCGGAUAUCAGGAUCCAGUUCGAGGGACGGGAUGGGGAGGGCGAGGACCCGGUCGUCGUGGACUAUGGACCGAAGAGGCUCGUGUCGAACGGCACGGAUGAGAGGAGGGAUUGGUGGUGCUCCGCGACCCUCUCCGCGACGGCGUCCACACCCGUCGCCAUAACCCCCUCGGCCUCAGCAUCCCUCUCCGCCGGCCAGACCUCCUCCUACACGCACCACACGGCAACCGAGAUCUCCGGCGCGGAGUUCACCGACCACGCACACAGCGAACCGACCAUCGUCAAGUUCUGGCUGCGCGAGGACGAGAGGCAGAAGAGUAGGAUUCCGCUGGAGUUUGCUUGCGCGGUGGUUGUGAAGUAUGCGGGGGGAGGGGGCCCUUUCCAGGCGACGGUGGAUGUCAAGGUGGGGCCGGUGUUUGAUUUGUUGGCGACGCCUUGGGGGCCGGAGAGUCCGGUUGUUUUGGAGCCGGGGGUGGAGUUUGGGGAGGGGGUUGGGCUUGGACAGGGGCAGGUUGUGGAUUUUGCGAGGUUGGGGGCCGAGGAGUGGAGGGAUUUGGUGGCGCCGGAUUGGGGGGUUAGUGAGAUGUUGAGUGAUUCGCCGCAUAGUGGGAAGUAG